UGAAUCAGAGGAUUGUGUAAAGAAGUUACUCUAAUCUGAACGCCUCGACACAGUGGCUCAUUGGAAUGUUCCCAGUGACUCCAGAAGGGGACUGACGCUUCUGCAGAACAGCCACACUCACCUUGAAGGCUGUGAGGGACUGGACCAGGUCUGAAACAGCAUCGGCCGUGCUGCCAUCAUGGGGGAGUUUCUGGAGCAGUUCUUCAUCUUCGUAGGGCUGCUGGUUUGCCUGUUCUACCUGAUGAAAUGCGUGAGAUUCUCUAAAUGUAUUUUCCUGCACUUCUGGAAAGUUUUGCCAAGAUCUUUCUUAAAGUCAAUGGGAGAGUGGGCAGUGAUCACUGGAGCAGGAGAUGGGAUUGGGAAAGCUUACUCAUUUGAGUUAGCAAGACAGGGAUUCAAUGUCGUGCUUAUCAGCCGGACACUGGAAAAACUACAGGCCAUUGCUGCGGAGAUUGAGUGGACGAUAGGAAGUACCGUGAAGAUAAUACAAGCAGAUUUUGCCAAAGAUGACAUCUAUGAGUAUAUUAAAGAAAAACUUAAAGACUUAGAAAUUGGAAUUUUAGUCAACAAUGUUGGAAUGCUUCCAAACCUUCUCCCAAGCCAUUUCCUUAACACGCCAGAUGACAUCCAGAGCCUCAUCCACUGUAACAUCACCUCAGUUGUGAAGAUGACACAGCUGAUUCUGAAACACAUGAAAUCAAGGCAGAAAGGUCUCAUCUUGAACAUAUCUUCUGGGGUGGCCCUCUUUCCCUGGCCUCUGUAUUCCACGUAUUCAGCUUCCAAGGCUUUUGUGUGCACAUUUUCCAAGGCACUGCAAGCAGAGUAUAAGGAGAAGGGAAUCAUCAUCCAGGUGUUGACGCCUUAUGCUAUUUCCACUCCGAUGACAAAGUAUCUAAAAACCAACAUGAUAACCAAGACUGCUGAUGAGUUUGUUAAAGAAUCUCUGAAUUAUGUCACGAUUGGAGAUGAGACCUGUGGCUGCCUCACCCAUGAAAUCUUGGCUGGCAUUCUGAGCCUGAUCCCGUCGUGGGCCUUCUACAGCAGUGCGUUUCAGAAGAUGCUCCUGACUCGUUACGUGGACUACCUCAAGAAGAAUGCCAACAUCAGAUAGUGCUGAUGAACUCGUGUGCCAUCCAGCAUUGCUUUCUUCACCGGAUUCUGCACUGGCCACAGAGGACCCAGGAACAGACCAGUACCUUUUACCUCCCUGAGACUGGAGGACCCAUGUCACAGAUACAGCACAUAAAACUCAACUUUUUUUGUUUUGGCCAUUUUAGUCAAGUCUUGAGAUCUUUGGGAGAGCUGUGAUGUAAAAACAUGUGUUGUGCAAUGGGGUUUUGAUAGUUGGAGAAAGUAAGAGUGUAUGUGAUACUGGAAAAUUUUUGUAUGGGAUUAUAUAAUGUGAGAAGAAAGCCUCUGAUUCUUUGAAUAUUGAAAACAAUUAUACCUAGUAAUCUACUUUUAUAGCUGUAUUAUAGAAUGUCUGAAGUCACUAAACUUUGCCAAGAUCGCAGUCAUCCUUGAGUAGUCACUGGUUCUCAAACUGUCUUCCUCAGAGACCCAGGAAACUGGGGCAAAGGUUACUCCAGGACAGUUUCUGGCAACCCCUUGUUUCAACUAAUGCUGCACCAGAUUUAUCUAUUUCAAUUUUAUUUGGAGUUCCAUGUAAGACUGUGUUUAUAAAAAUAAAAACAAAAAAUGAUACGUUGCUAAAUAAAAGUAGUU